UCCGCCCCGCAGUCUCUAUAGCGGGCGGGCGGCGGGGGGCCGGCCAGAAAGGGUCGCCUCGCCGAGCGCAGACGGAGAGCCAGCCAUGCCCCGCCAAGGACUCGCCCUGUUGCUCCUGCUCCUGCUCGCCGCCCUCCAGGGCCCGCACGGGAAACCCAUCAGCCUGACUUACCGGUGCCCUUGCAGGUAUUUCGAGACCCACGUCGCCAAGUCUCAGAUCAGACACCUGAAGAUCUUGACCGUCCCUGGAUGCCCCCUCCAGGUCAUUGCAAGACUGAAAAACAGCACUAAACAGAUCUGCAUCGACCCCAAGUUGAAGUGGAUUCAAGAGUACCUGGAGAAAUACUUUCAAAAGAGAGCCAAGAUGUAAGCGAGGAGCAGCGCUGGCUGCGGGAUGCUUCUCCGUAGGAUCCAGAGACAUCCUCCCCCCACGCAGCCCCCCUCCCCCAGGCACCCCCUCCGCAGAAGAGAGCCCCGGUAGCCCAGGGCUCAACGGUGGAGUUCCACAGUUGCCCGAGUCCCUGAUUUGCACAGAUUGUCUUCGCCAAUAUUGUCUGAUGUAGCAGGAUCUGCUUGAUUUUUUUUAUUUUAUUUUUGUAUCACUAACUUCAAGAGCAGCAAGUUGUAUGAAACAGAGCACUAAUCCCCUUCUGCUGUGCAGAAUCUGGGCACUGACCCCCUUGAUAUGUUUGCAUGGGGGAGAAGGGGGGAGGGGGGAGAAUUUGGGGAGAAUUGUUCGAAGGGUGGGGUGUGAUGGCCAACGCUGUGUUGUGUUAAUGGCUCCUCUUUGCGUGUGUAAGAGUCACAGCUGAGGUUUCAGGCAGCGGGGAAGGUGUCCAGAUACACUCCCAACAUUUCAUGAAGGAAGACGGAAAAAACAUAAUUUUCAGAGAGUGAGAGACAUGAAAGAAUUUCCAAUCUCCACAUUCAGAAUCGAGAGAAUGGGUGCAUGUAGAAUAUUCUCAGGGAACCCUAUCUGUGCCAUGUGACCAAAUUUUAUGAAUCAAAAACUUUAAAAGAUUUUUAUUGUAGCCAUUACUAAGAUACUGUGGAUUACAAACAUUUUUACAAGUGAACCUUGUGGAGUUUGCCCCUGGUCCAAGUAGCAGAGCAAUUUUUUUUAGUUGUGGUGUGGUAAAAAAUAGCUUUUGAAAAUCAGCCUUUAUUACUUUAAAUAUAAAGCAAGAUGUCCGCACAGCCAUUUUCCUUUACUUAAAAGAGAAACCGAGUGCGCAAUCCAUACCACAGGGAACAGAAAGAUACAUCUAAUUCUUCCUUCCUCUUUUAAUCUCCCAAAGAGCAAUAACAAAUUGCAGCCCUGCAUAAGAGAGUGGAGGCUGAGGAAUUCUGUCUCUGGGAGCAGAGAAAUCGGGACCCUGAUGGCCUUUAAAUGCAACUAAAAUGCAAAAAUAUUGACUUUCAUGUUCAAAUUGAAAUGCCAGAGAUAAACUCCAGUUAGUACUAGGUCAUCUGUCUUAAUCAGCAUCUUCAAGUAUAUUUUCCCAGUAUUUUCCUUCUGCAGAUUCAAUGUACCAAAGAAGAGACACAUCAGUUUGUUACUGCUGGAAGAAUCGUAAAAUGUUUUGCUAGUAUGGUUUACUUUUUGUGGGUUCCCCUCCCCAAAAUAAACUCGGACUGCAAUCUAGACAGUUUCAGAUUGUCCAGCAAUGACUUAAAUCAGUGUUUCUUCACCUUGCAACUUUAAGAUCUCUGAACUUCAUCUCUCAGAAUUCCCCAGCCAACAUGACUGGCUGGGGCUUCUGGGAGUUGAAGUCCAAAGAGUUUAAAGUUGCCAAGGUGGAGAAACAGUGACUUAGCUAGUGGGACUUUGGGGGGGGAGGGUAUCAUUGUGGAGUGGUGGGGGUUCAAUUAUAUCUAACACUGCAGGCACGUGCGCAUCACAUACACACUUGCAACCUUCUAGUUAUAGCCAUUCCACGCACAAUUACAUGCUUCCGGCCCUAAUGGAUAUAAUAAGAUUAUUCUGCAUAUUCUGCUGCUGUCCUUAAUACACUUGGCAAAGUGAAACACUAUUCAACACAAAGUAAUUCAACCUUACUUUGGAUCGUGUAAGAUUCCAUUAAUAAAAGGAAUUUGCUGGGCAGGUAGUACCUUUGGAGGCUAUGCUACAUAUUGAGAGUGCUAAUUAAUACUUCCUAUUCUUAAUACAUGCUUUUACUAAGGAGUUAAAUGAAUUUAACAUUUAAAAAACAUCUAGGGACACACAGAUGUUAGGGUUCAAAUUCCAGAUGCUCCAAAGUGAUCAAUAUUUUUGUUUCUCAGAAACUUUAUUUUAAAAAAGGCACGGAAACUGCAAGAGAUCGGAGGUUUCAGCAAAGGCUUAGAUAAGGUAAAAAACUGGCUCAUUCCUGGAUUGCAGAACCCAUGCUGAAUCCACUGGGGGGGGGAAGGGGGGAAGUCUGUGGCUGGUGUGUGGUGCUUACGAGAGGUUCCUGGUGUUACCCCUCGGCCCACAUUCGUGCAGCGGUUCCAAAAUCCCUCGGUAAGAGAUGGGUUGGGGUGCCUGACCUGCUGUCGCUUAGGAGAGAGAAAAGGAGGCAUGUGAGAGAGAGAGAGGAAAAAGAGAACCGGACAAAGCCCUGUGCCUUGUCUCGGCCCCAUCUUGAGGCACACCAGCAAGGACUCCCUAGUGGGAGAAAAGCAACUCGCACACCUUGAAGGAAGAUCGGAUGAGAGUCUGGCCACAUGGACCAUUUUCAGGGCAAGCAGUGAAUGGUGUAGUUAGCAUGCCCACAGGUUUUCCCAAAAUAAUGUGAAAAAGACUUUUCAUUGUGAAAGGAAAAUGUAUAACUACUUCAUGCUAUUUGUUUUGUAAAUACUAUAUUUUUGCAAAGUAUGUAAGCACUUGUUAAUUUUCUUAAUAAAGUUUGUAUUCAGUUUUA